CGAGACUAACAAGUCUCGCGAGAUUUUGAGUAGCGAAAUGGCGAAGUGUUGAUGUUGUCUGGCGAAACUCUUCGCACCGCGUGCAUUUGCAGAAAUGGCCUCAAGUUCAAGGGGAUCAUCUUAUCAGUAUGAAUCUCAAGGGAGCUUUUCUUGGGACAAAUAUCUAAAUGAAACUAAUGCCACCCCAGCACCCAUUACUUGCUUUAAACAAUGGCCUGUACCACCAGCCAAUGAGUUUGGGUUCACCAUGAAACUGGAGGCAUGUGACCCUCGUAAUUUGACAUCAAUCUGUGUGGCAACAGUUGUUGGAAUGCAAGGGCCUCGCUUACGACUAAGGCUAGAUGGAAGCGAUAACAAAAACGAUUUUUGGCGACUGGUCGAUUCGUCUGACUUGCAUCCCAUUGGCUACUGUGAAUCACAUGGUGGUUUGCUACAGCCUCCUCUUGGCUUCAGAAUGAAUCCUUCAUGCUGGCCUUCAUUCUUACAGAAAACACUGAAUGGAGCGAAAAUUGCUCCAGAACGCUGCUUCAAAAAAGAACCACCAACACCCAAAAGUAACUAUUUUGAAGUGGGGAUGAAGUUAGAGGCUGUUGAUCGGAAAAACUCGCAGCUCAUAUGUCCAGCCACAGUGGGUGCUGUUAAUGGAAACCAAAUCCAUGUGACUUUUGAUGGUUGGCGAGGAGCAUUCGACUACUGGUGCCAAUAUGAUAGUCGUGACAUUUUCCCGGUCAAAUGGUGUGCUUCUUCAGGACAUCCACUUCAGCCACCAGGACAGAAAGGAAUGCCAACUAAAACCUCUAAACAAAUGAAGGAGUCAGAUUUGGUGUUAAAUAUUCUGCCACCAGCCAUGGGGACACCACUACCCUCACCAUCUCCUACAUCUCCCAACACUUCCACUACUUCAAACGAACGCCAGGCACAAUCGCCAAGUGACCUUAGUCACCCAUCUACACCUAUGCUUGUCACUGUCUCAGAACCAGACACCAGCUCUGGACAGGGAGGCUCUAAUGUCUGUGUCUAUGUUAAUCAUGGCUGCUAUUGUGGCAGUUAUCUGAACCCACGCAGAGUGUCUAAUCUACCAUCACAGCUGGGCCCUGGCACUUUGAGUCGGGUGUUACAAGAAUGUGUGCAAAAUUGCAUAGACUGUGCUGUACAGGAACGGCAGGUUUACAACUUGGUAAAAGAAGGCAGCAGUAAAGUUAUCAUUACAGCUACCAUGGGAGGAAAGACAUACACAAAGCGCCUCAUUGCAGUGGAGAGGGUGUCUACCUUUUGGUCAUUCCUGGAGGGUCUGCUGGAAGAGCUUGGUGCAUGUGAAAAUCUUUUCUCAGGGCAGCCUCUGGCUGGACCUUGUCCCAAGUGCAUAAGACAGCGCCAGAUGACACCAUCUGGAUCAGGAGCUGCUUCUCAUACUUCAGAAGAUGAUCUUCCUGUACCUGAUCCUCAUGGGUUUAGACGUAGAUGGUCAACUGAAUCUGGGGACAGUCUGAGAGGAGCUAAGAUGCUCAAAAUGGACCGCCGAUAUUCAGCUUUUGAGGCAGAAGCAAGCUCAACAACAGGUGAUAAUCACAGCUUGGCACCACGUUCCUCUGACCCAACACUGUGGUCAAUUGAAGAAGUUGUGCAGCACAUCAGUGAAACAGAUGCUGGCCUGGGGACACACAUGGAACUCUUUCGGAAGCACGAAAUUGAUGGAAAAGCCUUCAUGCUGCUGAACAGUGAGAUGAUGAUGAAAUACAUGGGCCUAAAGUUGGGUCCUGUUCUUAAGCUGUGCAACAUCAUUGAAAAACUCCGUGUGCGCACAAAGUGAUCUGCUAUUACCAUCCAGUCCAGUUGCACAGAAAUAACAGAAGUGUGUAUUUUAGUUGGGAGCCCUUUGAAGAUUCUUAUGAAUUUGCAGCAUUUUUUUCAAAACAUUUUAUAUGAAGCUUUAAGCAGUGUAGUUCACACACAGCAUCAUCUCAUCCCCGGUUGUUUUCUUUCAGUUUGCCUCCUUUUUUUUCUCUCAUGCAGACCUGCCUAAAGACAUGCACAGGUGCAUGCAAACACAGACAUCUUCUAGCUCAGUUCACCUACUCUUCCUGCACUUAUGUUUCCAUAGAAAUAUGUUUAUGUUGGACCAGCUUUUCAUUGCUGUCAUACAUUAAACAAAGCACAGUAAAGGUAGAUUUUAGACCUGGUGAUAUGUGCACUUCUCCCUGUUUCUGGCCUAAAUUUUUUCCUGACCUUAUUCAGUGAUGCAUACCAGAUUCAGAGAUAUUGUAUCUGCCAUUAGUGGAUUGUUUUUGUUUUUGCAAAGUUUGACAGAGAAGUAGAUUCAGCUUUUAUCAUUUCUUGAUCAGCUGACUCACUGCCAUAAAACAAAAGAAAUGAGGAAGCCCUGUUUCUUCUUUUCCACCAUUACUGUUUGUGCUUUUUUGCAUCUUACACAUUAAUCAUUUGCAGGUGCGUGUUACAGGGUGUAAGCAUGAACACAUGUGCUGAACUGUGCACCAGAGGGUCCAUGUCAGUAUUCUGCUAAUGCAGUGAUGUGCUCUUAAUCACUGCUGCACAUGUAAAUAUUUCUGAAAUCCAUUUUUAAUUUUAUGCAGUUGUUUGUUGGGAAAGGAACUAGGAUUUACAUUUGUAGGUGUGUGGUGGAUGGGCAUUUUUCAUUCGGGGUUCACUUGUAGUUUGAGUUUAGCUGUGUUUUCUUUUAGAUUUGAAAAAAUGACCUUUUCUUUAAAUCAAAAUUCAGAUUUUCUUUUGUGCAUUUAAACAAUGUAGUGGAACAUGUUUUAACAGAAGUAGAAUGUAUCGAGUCUAGUAAAACAUAUUCCACAUCUAGACUCAGUAUAUAUUAUCUUUAUUAAAGUGUUUAAGUGGAAUUUAUAGACCCAAAUUAAGCUAUAACAUCGGUUGGAAAUGGUGAAUAAUUAUUUGGUUUGUUCAGAACUAGAUUUAUUUUUUGAAAAGGUACACUUGCAAAUUAAGCUGUACAAUUCGAGGAUACCAAGACAUUGUUGGACCAUUAUAAGGUUAUUUGCAGGGUAUUUUUUCAUGACAAAAAGGAAAUGUUUAUGCAUUUGUGAUGUUAUGAAGGGUAUAGAAGUAAAGGAAGAUGGUGUUUCUAUGUUGGAAUGAUUAUUGAUGCAAUGCAAAGUAUGGAUGCAUGGACACAUUUGGCAUUCUCCAAGGAUGCUAGCACUAGAAGUUAUCAAAUUCAUUGCAAGGCUGUCUUCUGUUGUCCUGUUUGAAGGGACAGUAAAAUAGCUGGAAAAAAUUUUCCCUUUAGUAAAAUUAUUUUUAGCAUGUGCUUUUUUGAGCCAUUUAUUUAUGGACCUUAAAUGUUUUCCUAUCAAUGCAUACAUUUAUUUAAAAAGUGAUUAGAGAAAACUGGAAAUAUGUGACUUCCAUAGUUUUGGUCUCAGGUGUCUGAGAUCUUAGAGAUUUGAGCAAACUUCACAGCUUUAAUUCUUGAUAGCUGUACACUUCACUGAUAUAGUGCAAAUGCCAGAUGUUUAUUAAAAACAAAAUGUUCUCCCCUUGUUUAAACAAAGGCUGUGUAAAAGGCUGAUGUGUCCAAAUUUUUUUUUUUAUCAUGUGACUGAAUUAAUUGCAAGGUACUGAAUACUCAAAAUCCAAGCAAAUAACACUGAUUGUUUUGUAAAAUGCAAACCUUUGAGCAUUGAAAUUCUUAUCUUCAGACCGUUUUGUUCUCUGUACCAUCACCAAAGUAGGCCUGCUGUUAUGGUAAUAGUUUAUUAGCAUGAAGCUCUUGCAAAAGCUUUACAAUAUCUUUCAAUAAUGAAAAACUCCAUGAAUGAAAUUUAAAUAAUGCAAGUACAAACUAAUGAUAAUGGUAUUUUCAGUUACCAACUUUGAGCUUAAUUUCAUGUUUGACUGUGUUAGCCUUUAAUGUGUAAAUUAUCAUUAGUUGUAUGUCGCUGUUACACUUAGAAAGGUGAACUAGACAUCACAAAGAAGUUUAUGUGAGUCAUCUUGAUUAUAUACACAGAGGUAAAUCCUAAAGGAAAGAAAACAUGAGUCAGAAACUGAUGUGCACAUCAUUUCUUCAUCAAUUUGAAUAAAACUUUGAUAUCUAAAAACUUUUGCCAGUGUGUUCACAUGCAGCACACAAUGGUUAUAUUCACACUGUCUGAUGCAUUAAUUGUAGAGACUUUACUGAUACAGCCUGUUGUGGUUUGAAUCAUUUUGAUGAAAGAUGUUCAGUUGUUAGUAUGCUGUGAAAUUGAAGUGGUCUCUUCAAGAGAUUCACUUUUGUUGUUAACAAUCUUCUACAUAGGUGUUUGAAAUGGUAAGGGUUUGUGAGAGAAUCUGUGAGUGUGUCUGUGUGUGCAUGUACACAUGCGUAUGUGCAUGUGUCAUGAAAAAGCUGUGAAUUGGUAUAAAGGACAUGUUUUAAAAAUUGUGUGUUUUACAAGUCGUUUUUGCACCUAGUGCAAUGGACUAUUCUCCUUUGAAUCUGCAUUAAGUCUCUACAUGGCUUUCUUUGCACUGUCAAGUGCAUUCCAUUGUGCACAGUUAGGAGCCAUGAUAAUUGUGAACGUUUGUAAGUCUUAAAGGUUCAUUUCAUCACCUGUUAGUUUAUAAAUGUACUCUCAAUUUUCAAAGGAAAGAUAUUGAGAUAUCUUAAAUGUUCCACGUGGAACCAUGCACUUUGAAUGUUUUUUUCAAGAGAGAAUGUGUGUGUGUGCAUGAUUGUGCUUGCACAUGUGCAUGGAUGCAAGUAAACAUGGCUGUGGUCAGCUUGAUUAAAGCGCCUGGGUGUCCAUCUCUUUGUGCCUUCUAGAAUGACAAUUUGGCUGCUAAUAGCUGUUGAUUUUGUGCCAGAUCUUUAGCCGACUGGUGCUUCAAAACCCCUUUGCCCCUUACCAUUAGAGAAUUCCAAAUUCGAAAUGCAGCUUUGUGGACAGCUGUGUUCAAAUCCAUUUUCUUGACAGAAUCAUAUAAGUAGUUUGUGACUAACAAGUUUUUUGGCAGUCCACAAUGCAUUAGUAUCUGAAAUUUAUAAUACAAAAUGCCUAUACCCAUUAAAAGUGCACUUUAUAGAAGUGGUCAGUGUAAAUGAGCUUUUGGGUACAUUUCUUUCCAGUCUCCCAGUGUGUUAUUUGCUUGUGUUUUUAACUGUGUCUAGACACCAGCUGCAAAAACAUUCCUAUUGUUUUGGUGUCUCAAAAAUGAUACUAUUAUCGUUCACCAAACAACUCUGUCAAGCAGCCUUGAAUUUCUAUGCCAAAGAUGAUGUGGCUGAAGUGGAAUCAUCUUGGAAUGUGUGCAAACAAAUCUUUGAAUAAAUUGUCUCACUGUUAUAAUUUGUUAAGAAACAGCUACAUCUUUUUGUCUUGCAAGGUGUUGAUUUUUGUCUGAUUUCCAGUUUAUACUUGCAGAAGUUGAGAGAAAAUAGACUUUGGAAAAUAUGUAUAUCAUUUUCAGCUGUAGCUUUUUGGUAUAACAUUAAGUCUUUCUCAUUUAGAGUCAGGGAAUCCCAAAUUGGUGCUUAUAAAAUACAUCAUAUAUAGUAGGAAGAAGAAUUUCAUUUCUUCAGGUCUGACAUAGAACUGACCAGAAAAUGGCAUUGUAUUUUGUUAUUUUCUCUUUUUAGUUAUAACUGAAGUUUUUGUCUAAAUAUAUCUUUGGAAAAAUAUUACAUUUCUAUUAGUAAAAAGUGAUGGAAUACUGAAAGAAAAAUGAUAUAUAACAGAUAACAUACUUCUUGCAUUCUGUCAAGCACAUCUUAAUGAAAAUCACAGCAGAUAGCAUUUAAGAUGCUCACCUAUUAUUAUUAUUAGUAGUAGUAGCAGCAACAGAAGCAGCAGAAGUAUAUGCACACUGUGGUGUUGAUUACAGAAAGAGCACAGAGAAAUGCUGUUUUUGUAAUCCCAGGUGUACAGUGGUGUUACUCAUUUUAAAAGUAACUUAAGUCUGCACCAGACGAUAAGACUAAGUCACAAGUAAAUUCAAACAAAUUAACAAAUAUGACACAGGCAGGCUUAACUGCAUUGAUGAUCUGAACAGUCUUGCCAAUUAUUUAUUAUUUCACUCAGAGCACUUUUUGCAAACUUGUAACAGUCUUUCAUAAAAAUAUGUGUCAUUUAAUGUUGUUUCCUGCUACGAAAAAGAUAAAAAUGAAAUACCAUUAAAGUACCAAAUGUAUCAACAGGAAUUGUGCAGGGGCCCAGACUUUAGAGGUGCUAAAUUUGACAGUAAGGAACUGCUUGCUGGACCUAAUUUUAUCCUAAUUGAUGGCAUAAAAUCUAUUAAGUGUAAUAAAGAACAAGCUAGGGCAGGUCUAACUCUUUAACAUUUACGAAUGCAAUAUGUUAAUGUGUACAUUUCUCUUGCACAGGUACACAUGUAUACAUCAACUUUCUUUUUUUAUUAUUAUUCUCAUUAAAAAGAUAAGUUUUUACUCAAGCUCCCUAAAGAUAUUUAAGCUAUCAAAAAUAAUCUGUAACAUGAAGGUGUUACAUCGACUAUAUUUUUUUGAAGUAUGGACAAAGUGCUGUCUACAGCUCCCAGACUAUACUAUGACAUGCACAUUUUUUAUUUUAAAGGACAUGGGACAAUCACUUAAAAAUACUGAAAUAAACAUGAUGGGAAAUAAAUACAUCCAUUGCCAGAUUUUUCUAAAUAGUGACAUUUAUAUAAUUUAAAAAUAUUUUUAAAUAGGGCAAAAUGUACGCUAUACAACUUGCUUUUGACACCAUCACCCUCACCCCCAAUCUCUCAACAUGCUGUCUACUGUGACAUGGAUGUUGUGUUGUUCACAAAUUUUCGUGGAUCUUCAUGGAUCAUUAGAUACUUUUCAGGAUUGACAGGCAGUGCCAGUGAUCAGAAACUAGUCCGUAACUACUAGAGCUUAAAGUUUACCUUUUUAUGCCCAUAUUGUUUAAUCAUUUGCACUCAAUUUAGUUUUCCUUUUAUACUUUUUGGAAGUCUAAAAAAAGUUAUAUAAAAGUGAAUACUUACUUCAAUGACAUGGCAUUGAAAACUAGGAAGAGUUUGACAUGUCAAAAUGUUGCCUGGUUUGAACUUACUUUACAUAAGCAUUUUAAAUUAUUUAUCGUGUUAAUCAGAUAUAAACAAGAGAGAGAGACAAAGGGGGAAAUUAUAGCAAUUUCAGGAACCAGAUGAUUAUGGUAGCUUUUAUUUUCAAUCGUUUUCUCAGGGAAUAUUAUUAUAACCGGCUCAGAACUACGUUUUAUAUGAAAGCUUUGUAAAUCUGCUGUUAAUUUAGUUACACCUAUUUGUAUGUGCAUGUGCAGUAUGUAUUGUAUUUUUCAUAUUGUCCAUGAACGAAGUAAUUGUUUUUAUUUAAGCUGCAUGCUUUUCUUUGCUCUUUAAAUUUUUUUAUGUUGCAAAAACUCUUGAAUUUUGGAGACUGAAAAGAGUUGUUUUGUCAUUGUAGCUCUAACCCACCCAUUUUCUUUUCUUUUUUUUUUGUGUGUAUGUUUUUGUUUUUGUUUUCUUAUUGUACCAGUCCUGGCUGUUCUUGCCAGAUGAAAACAGAAGUUAUUUAAAAAGUGUCAAAAUUUAAACAUUGUUUUUCUUCACCUUGCACUUUUUUUCAUCAACAAAAGCUAUUACAGAAGCAAUAUUACAAAUAGAAGUACUGCUAUCAGAAAAAUUGUGUACAAAGCAGUCAGGAUUGCCUGUGUCAUAACAUUAUCAUAUUCAGGAGAUGAUUUGAGCAAGCCUGUGUCUUCACAUUAAACUGUGUGUUUUGAGGAAUGUUACUAUGGACUCCCUCCCAUGACAUUUGUCAAAAAUAAAAUGGUGCUCAGAUUUAAAGUAUUGGAUGGCUUUAUGUGAAGACAAUUCCUUAAGCAUACUGACAUCUCAGAGUUUCUUUUUUUUAACUGUACUAAUAAUUUAACUUGAAUAAUAAUUGAUUUUAGACUACAUUUUCUGUUCUGGAAUAUUUUAUUUCAUUCAAGUGGAGAUAAAAUUAAGAAAGUUUUCAUGUAUUGCUUGACUGACGCAUAGUACUUCUCACUUUUCAUGUUGAUUGCACUUUCAGCGUCAAUCCUGAAAUGUUUGAUAGGCAAUAAAUACCAUAAACUGCUCUAUGUUGUUAUACAUGUUAUACGUGAAUUCUGCAGACUCAAAUGUUGUCAAGAAUACUCACCAAAAUGACACAAAAUCUCAUGAAAAAGCUAUGCAUGACCCACUACAUACAAGCAAUAGUGAGCUUAAGACACACUCAACACAUAGGGAAAUAAAAGGAAAAAAAAAAGAG